AUGCUACAAGGGAGAGUGACGAGGGAUGGCGGCGCGGUGACAGAGAGGGUUAACGGUGCGGGUGAGAAGAGAGUGUGUGCUGCAGAGAGUGAAGAAGGGAGAGUGGCGUUGGGGAAUAUGCAAAUAGGGAUUUGGGAUGGAUUGAAGGAGAUUGAUGAUUCGGUUGCCAAAAUUCGAGAUGCUGUGAAGUAUGUCAGAUCUUCAAAUUCAAGAUUAGCUAGGUUUAAGGCAUGUAUUGCACAAGAGAAUAUUCCACAUAAUACUCUUGUUUGCCUAGAUGUUGAAACGCGAUGGAACUCUACAUACUUAAUGUUAGUAGCAGCCUUAAAGCAUCAGAAGGCAUUUGAGCUAUUAGAGAUGCAAGACAAAAAAUUUAUUGAUGAAUUAAACAAGGGAAGAGGGGUACCUUCAUUUCAAGAUUGGGAUUAUGCUAAGUCCGUCUUACCAUUUUUAGAGAUGUUUUACGAUGCUACACUUCGCAUCUCUGGAUCCUCUUAUGUCACUAGUAACUUAUACAUGAAAGAAGUGUUUGCUCUUGGAAGGAGGAUUCAACAAUAUCGUGAUGAUGAUGAUUUGAGCAUAAGUCUUAUGGCAAGUAAGAUGAAAGCAAAAUACAACAAGUAUUGGGGAAAUGCAAAAACUAUUAACAUGUUGUUGUUAAUUGCCAUAGUUCUAGAUCCCUGCCAUAAGUUGGAUUAUGUUGAGUGGUGCCUAGUUAAUUCUUUUAGUGUGGAAGUGGACGGUGAAUUGAAGACAAAUUUGUCUUCUUGUCUUCAUUUACUUUAUAAUUUAUAUCAAGGUGCAGAUGAAGGAAACCAAGAUGAUACCCUCUCCCAACCGAGUGCAAGUGAUAAAGUCAAAGACAUUUAUGAUAUGGGGUUAUAUCAUCGAUCAACCGGUCGCAAAUCCAAUCUUAAAUCUGAGCUUGAUCGUUAUUUGAAUAAGACUGUGAGCCAGAUGAUAAGCCUUUGGAUAUUCUAG